AUGGCUGCAAUGCUACGAAAUAUUGUACUCAGGACAAUAGAAACAGUCAAUUUGGGAGAAAGAUUUGUCGCCAUUAAAGCCAAAAAAUCAAGGAACCCUAAAAUCUCUUCAAUCUCCGAUUCACCGCACGUAGCGGCGUCAGCCACCACUAGGCGCAGCGAAGAUACCUCAGGCAUCACCACAGCAGAGCGCAGCAAAAACACCUCAGGCAUCACCACAGCAGAGCAAAUUAUAUCGGCCACCGCACGCGACAGCAGCGCACCAAGUUCGGUAGCCCAGUCCUUUCCAGCUCAAGUCCGCAAUGGGCAUCGCCGGCUAGAAAUUGACCUGAUCCGAGGUAUGGAGAUAUCUAUGCUAAAAUCACUUCUCAACAGCAUCACAUGUUUUUCCCAACUAUCUUCAUGUGAGAGCGUUAAAACUGAACCAGUUCGAAAGUAUUAUGUAAAGACUGAAGAGAUACUGAAAUUGUUGAAGACAAUACUUGAUGCCGUUACUGAUGUGGUCCAUGUGGAAGAUGAAAUGCUGCAAAGUGCGUUUGUGGGACUACUCCAAUUUGUUGAUGAAAUAAGGGAAUUGUGUGAAAACUGGCAGCCACUGAUGAGUAAAAUAUACUUUGUUUUACAGGUCGAGUCACUUAUUUCAAAGAUUAGAGCUCAGAGUUUGCAGAUCCUGGAGUUGUUGAAAUCUUCUGAUCUAUGCUUAGCAGCUGAACUCAGUGCUGCAUCUACUGAGAACCUUGUGCAAAAAAUCCAGACCACAGAUUCCGAACAAACUUCACUUGUCAUCAAGAAAGCCAUCAAGGACCAUGUGGAGGGCCCUGAAGCUAGCUCAGAUGACCUGGCACAAGUUGCAGACAGGCUGGGCUUAAAGUCGAAUCAGGAGCUCCUGAUUGAGGCCGUGGCUCUGGAGAAGCUGAAGGAAAACGCGGAGCAAGCAGAAAAGAGCAGUGAAGUGGAGGACAUAGACCAAAUGAUUGGCGUGGUCACCCACAUGCACGAUCUCCUCGUCUCCUUGAAACAGUCGGAACUUUGCAACCCCGUCCCCAUACCCGCCGACUUUUGCUGCCCGCUCUCGCUCGAGCUAAUGACAGAUCCUGUCAUUGUUGCCUCUGGUCAGACUUACGAGCGAGCCUUCAUACGGGACUGGAUAGACCUCGGUCUCACUGUGUGCCCCAAGACGCGUCAAACCCUGGCCCACACGAAUCUCAUACCCAACUACACCGUCAAGGCCCUCAUCGCCAGCUGGUGCGACACAAACAACGUCAAACUGCCAGACCCCGUGAAAAUAACGUCGCUAAACGCCGAGGCUGGUGGGGUCCGCAGGAUCAACAGUUGCGGCACCCCGGACAGGUCCUCGAGCUCCCCACUGACGCGCAGCCCGAUCCCUUCCCCUUCCCACCCUCGCUCGUUUUCAGAUUCUUUCACGGCGAACGGACACGUGUCGGAUGCUGAGCGAGACGACCGGUCGGAUCACUCGGGCGAGAGGAAUCCGAACUUGAACGAGAAUCCACCUCAGGGGCACAACCGUAAUAAUUCCGCCUCCAGCACCCGCUCGAAUUCCAACCUGUCCCAGGGCACUCCCGUCGAGGGAUCCGACGUCUCGGGUGAGCUCGCCCCAGACCCUCGACCCGCCACUGCAAACGCGAUCCCUCAUAGGGAACCAGACUUCCCGUCGAGGCUUGAUAUGCGGGCCCGCGGGCAGGCGCUCUGGCGCCGGCCGACCGACCGGUUUUCUCCCAGGCUUGCCUCGUCAUCCCCCGCUGCGGCGGCCGAGAUGCGGCCCGAGCUCUUGGAGAUUGAGAAUCAGGUGAAGCGGCUGGUCGAGGACCUCAAGAGCGAGUCCCUCGACGCCCAGCGGAACGCGACCUCGGAGAUCCGUUUGCUCGCGAAGCACAACAUGGACAACCGCAUCGUGAUCGCGGGUUGCGGAGCCAUCGGUUUGCUCGUCGGCCUUCUCCGCUCGCCGGACCUCGCCGUGCAGGAGAACGCUGUCACCGCCCUCCUCAACCUAUCCAUCAACGACAACAACAAGUCCGCCAUCGCUAACGCGGGUGCCAUCGAGCCGCUGAUCCACGUGCUCGAGCACGGGAGUCCGGAGGCGAAGGAGAACUCGGCGGCCACGCUUUUCAGCCUGUCGGUGAUGGAGGAGAACAAGGUGAAGAUCGGGCGGUCGGGGGCGAUAAAGCCGCUGGUGGACCUGCUCGGGAACGGGACUCCAAGGGGGAAGAAGGACGCGGCGACUGCUCUGUUCAACCUGUCGAUCAACCACGAGAACAAGGCGCGGAUCGUGCAGGCGGGGGCGGUGAGGCACCUGGUGGAGCUGAUGGACCCGGCGUUCGGGAUGGUGGACAAGGCGGUGGCCGUGCUGUCCAACCUGGCGACGAUCCACGAGGGACGGGCUGCGAUCGGGCAGGAGGAGGGGAUACCGGUGCUGGUGGAGGUGGUGGAGCUCGGGUCUGGGAGAGGGAAGGAGAAUGCGGCGGCUGCUCUCCUGCAGCUCUGCACCAACAGCAGUCGGUUCUGCAACAGGGUUUUGCAGGAGGGGGCUGUGCCGCCGUUGGUUGCGCUUUCGCAGUCCGGGACGCCUAGGGCUAGGGAGAAGGCGCAGCAGCUACUCACCUUCUUUAGGAACCAACGGCAUGGAAAUUCUGGCAGAGGUUGAAUUUGUUUUGGGGGUGGUGUUGGAUGUGUUGUAAGAAACUGAGGUGCAAGUUACAAUCUGCGAAUCUGCAUCUAGAGACCUUUCGUUCUUCCCCUUUGCAUUUUAUUUUAUUUUAUUUUAUUU